AUUUUAAUAUCUUUUUUUUUGCAGCCGAACCAAGGAGAAUUCUUCAUAUACUUGCGCCGCUUAAAGCCAUUAGGCAUUCAGCAAUAUACUAUGUAUAUGACAGCAUAAAUAUAUUCAAAUUGUAUUUAGAUUUGUAAUGCAAAUUACUUUGUGAUAUUUAAAAACAAAAAACACUCAUUUUAAUUGAACUGAAGCUUCAACAUUAAAAAGUUAUAUUUUGAAAAUUGUGUUGAAACAACAAAAAAACCAAAGAUUUUUAUAAUUUCACAAAAAAAGUGUUGUAAGUUGUAAACGAUUAGCAAACUAAACGAUAUUAGGCACGUGGUUAAAGUUGCCAAUUACAAAUAAAACAUCGAAAUGGCUGAACAAGUGGAACAAUCGCAACAAGCGGCACAUCAACUCAACAAUCAACAAAAUGACGCGCGUAAAAUACGCAAAUCACCGGAAUUUCAACCGAUGCCCAAUCUCACACCUGGCGCCAUACUCAGAGAACGCAGUUUUGUGCGCACCUCCAAUCAACAGAAUAUCAACAAAAGGCGCAGUCUCGCUUUCAAUGUACAAACUGGUGCAAAUCAACACGGGCAAAUGCGUGGAAAACCUGCUAUAGACAUCUAUAGACCACCGAAUGUUCGCAAUGAUGGCGGCUCUUCACCGGCAACCUUAAACAGGUUAAACAUUAAUGCGCAGGAGUUCCAAAUGGGUAGUACGAAUGCCACGCGCACCACACCUCCACGUGGAGAUGCAAAUAGGGCUGGAGAUAGUCGUUCAUCGGCGGUUAUUUAUCCAACGGCGACUUCACCUCAAGGUUUAGUACCACAAUCGAAAUCAUCGGUAGCACUGCAUCAGCAAAUGCAAUAUAUGGCAGCCACAAAUGCGAUGGCCAAUCGACGACAGGCGGGUCUCUCCCUGGGCAGUAUGCCGAUGACAGCGAACCCGAUCGGCAACAAAAUGCAUCACGUCGGCGCUCAUCGACCCAUUUUGGUCACACAUUCACAUCCGUUGGCCGUGAAUCGGUUUUCGGGUGGUGUGUCACAACAAAUACCACUAAUUAACUCACCAUCCAGUGGCAAUAUAUUACAUCAAACAGCGAAUACGAAUCGUGUGAAAUUCGCCAAUGAACCACACAAACAUCACAGCCAUAAGAAUGGACAAAAUCAUCUUAGUCACGACUAUCAACAACAGCAACAACAAUUGAAUGCCAUGUCACAAUAUGCCGCCGCCAAUGGCAUAAGCGAUUCAUAUAUAAAUGUGAGCCCGCUACAGCGUUCAAAAUCUUUGUCUUCUGCGGACGCAUUAACACGCGGCAUUGCAGGCCUUGGGUUGGCUUUGGGCAACGAGGUGACGGACAUCGGUCAAUUCAGCCCUGACAUACAGGCAUUGAUCGACACAGCUUUAGACGAUCCGAAUAAAUUGAAUUCGCGCGCUCUUAUGGAACUGACGUCACACUUCAUUAAACGUGCCGUUGAGGGCCGCCGCUAUGCUUUGCCCAUCUCACGUCUCUGUCUAAAUAUUAUAGCCAAGGAGCAGAAAGAGACUUUCUUGGAAGCCCUCUUGAAUACGUGCCGACAGUGGUAUCAGGAGCGUGAAAAGUUACUAUACUCCAUACAAGGCAUGAAAUCGCCAUCCCGUCUACGCUUCACCGCUUUCAUGGCUUUCCUUACCGAAAUGUUCUGUCAGCUUAAGCGCCGUCAAUUACAACUUCGUACUCAACGUGAAGGUGCACCGCCGCCAUUGGUCUUACUGACGUUACUAUCCAAAUGCUGCGAAGACUGUGUCAAGCCACCUGUGCGUUCGCUGUCCGAGAUCGAAUGCCUUUUCUAUGUUCUAACCUGUAUCGGUCAAGAUAUGGAAUUGCAGCUGCCGCAACAAUUGGAAUUGCUAUUGUCGCUGGUGCGUGAUGCUUUCUUGAAUGCAAGUGACGCCGCACCGGCCAUUCGUCGCACCUUAUUGCAAUUAAUUGAACUACAAGCAUCACACUGGCAAUUGCCCGGAAACACUGUCUUAUACUACUAUCCAUCGGCAAAGUAGUGAAAAGGCCAACACCACUCACAACUCAACUCAACUACCACUUGAACCAGACUCAACUUUUGUUCGCACUCGUCUUGAAACUGAAACUCCUCAGUGCGCCGGACGCUGCGCAGCGGCUUCGUGUUCACGCAAUCAUUUCAAUUUUUAUUAUGUACUCAUACACUGUAUGUGGCACUUUACUGUUAGAUUAAUAAUUAUACAUACAUACAUAUAUGUAUGUAGCUGCAGUUGUGCCUUUUAUUAUAUUUAUUUUAUUAUGGAAUAAGAUAUGAAUGAAUAUUUUUUGUGAAAGCAUUUAUUGAAAAUGAUGCAAAUUGUAUUAAAAAAGCUAAGCGCCUGCACUGACUGGCCAAAAGCCUCUAGAAAAGCCAACAUAAGUAGUAAAUUAUAGGCUGAAACUAUGCACAUACAUAUUAAUCGUAAUUUCUGAAACGUACUAACCCUUAAGAAAGUCUGUCAUAACACAGAUACAGCCACAUGACGGAAAUAAAAUUUCAUUGGAAAAAAAUUUAUACAUUUUCAUUGUUUAGGAAAGAACGCAAUAUUUUUUUAAUUUGUGUCAGUAAGUUUUAGAACAUUUACAUACAUACACAUAAAUCAUAUAUAGCGAACCUAUACAUUAUAAUUUCCUAAUUGUUUUUCGUCUGUGAACCUUUAUACAUUUAACAAAAAAAUUAAAUUUAUUUAUUUUCCAUAAUCGUACUCCUAUAAUUAAAUUUAGUUUCUUAUGUGUAGAAAGAUAGAGAAGCUCAAAUUAUUUAUAAAAAAAACAUAAUUGCACUGCACACUCGUAUACAAACCUUACAAAAAUAUUAUAAAAAUAUUUCUCUAAGGAAAAAAGUAUAAAAAUUACUUCUUUAUUUAAUGCACGUGAAAAAUGUUUAACAAAUAAAAAUUAAGAAAAAAAUAAACUUUAAAUACUAGUCAGAGAACAAGAAA